AUAUAACUAUACCAAAAGUAUAAUAAUGCUUAGAGAAAAUUAAAAGCUGCAUUAAUUUUGUUUCCGUAUCCCUCUCACAAGUUGUAAACAAUGGCUGAUGUCGACUACUCCAAAAUUGGAGAAGACCUCGAAAAACAGGAGCUAGAUGCACCAAAUGGAGUACCACCAGCGCAUGUGUAUGAACAACUUCUUGCUAUUUACUUAUUACAAAAUGACCUAACUGGUGCAAAGUUCUUGUGGAAGCGAAUACCAGCAAGUACUAAAACAGCAACCCCUGAGUUGGGCCUUAUAUGGGCAGUUGGUCAGAAUCUAUGGCAGCGUGAUCUACCAGCAGUAUACACGGCCCUUAAGCAAGAAUGGUCUCCAACUGUCAAGGAUAUUAUGAAAGCUGUACACGAUCAUGUACGCCAAAGAGCACUGGAUUGCUCUUAUACCUCCAUUAGUGCAGAAGAUUUCUCUCAGUUAGUAGGCAUGACUGUAGAGGAAGCAAUAACAGCUGCCAAAGGUCAAGGCUGGGGAUACGAUGAACCCACGAGAAUGAUCCUUCCUGUCCCAAAAGCCCCCAAGCCUCACACACCCACACCUUCAGAAGAGCAGCUGCGCAGACUUGCUGAUUAUGUUUCAUUUUUGGAGAACUGAAUAUCUUAAUUAUAUUGCUUUAAGAGUUAUUGUAAUACCAGUUAUAUUUACUUAGAUUAUGUAUGUUAAAGAAUGUAAUGUACCACUGACUGGAAGCUCUGUAAAACAAGUAAUAUUAAGAUAAGGAAGUUUUAUCUAUUCAUUAUUAUUAUUUUUUUUGUUCAAAUCAAGACUUUCAUAUGCUACACACUUAUUUCUUAUUAUUAGAUACUAGAGGGUGGUACUCAGUGAAAGAACAUAUUUAUUUAUUUAUUUAUUUUUACUUUUGGCUGCAUUAUCUGCCUUCAUUUUUGACAUUAUUUCAUUUCAUUUAUUUCAAUUGUGUCAAUGGUUUCCUCUGAAAAAAGGUGAGAAAUUUUCAAAUAAAAUUAUACUUGAUUGUU